AUGAUCGAAUUGGCCGUGCUUCGAUUGACCCCACAACAAGCCCUCACUACCAAGCGGCUGCAGGAUGUUAUCGCAGGUGAAUACCCCAUCAUGGGCUUCUUAGCCGAAGACACCAAACUCGCAGAUCCGCUGCUGCCCCUGGGCCCGCACCUGGGUCCGUCGCUGAGCCCGCCGUGUCCCCCCACCAAGCCCGCCAGAAGACCUCCUGGCGAAAGAAUUUUUCAUCACCGCUGCCCCUCGGAGCUGACGAUCCACCCCCCGCCCCCGACACAGGCGUUCGAUCCCCUCCUUGGACCCGCAUCUCCCCAGAGAGCGCACUCUGCUCCGGUCUCCUUGACCGACGCCAACAACGCGGUGAACCUCGCUCGUCAGCUCGGCCAUCUUUUGGCGCUUAGACCUUGA